AUGUCGCCGUUCCGCAGAAAGAAGUCUGGGAAGUCCUUCCCCGUGAAGGUCUGCACUCUGGAUGCGGAGCUCGAGUUCAAUCUGGAGUGGAGAUCGACAGGCAGGGACUUGUUCGACCUGGUAUGCCGCACGAUAGGACUCCGAGAAACCUGGUACUUUGGGCUUCAGUACGAGGAUGCGAAGGGUUUCAUCUCCUGGCUGAAGCUCGACAAGAAAGUCCAAGAUCAAGGCAUCUCGCAACAGCCAACGACGCCGUUCAUGUUCCUGGCAAAAUUUUACCCCGAGGAUGUUGCCGAGGAGCUCGUGCAAGAGGUCACUCAGCAUUUGUUCUUCCUCCAAGUCAAGCAGGCCAUACUGUCCAUGGACAUUUAUUGCCCGCCUGAGGCUUCCGUGUUACUUGCUUCCUAUGCUGUCCAAGCAAAGUACGGCGAUUACGACGAGGUUUCAUAUCGUCCGGGGAUGCUUGCCAGCGAGGAUUUGCUGCCGCAAAGAGUUAUCGAUCAAUAUCAGAUGACCGCGGAAAUGUGGGAGGACAGGAUAAAAAUCUGGUACGCCGAUCAUCGUGGUAUGUCUCGAGACGAAGCGGAAAUGGAGUAUCUCAAGAUUGCUCAGGAUCUCGAUAUGUACGGCGUAAAUUAUUUUCCUAUUAGCAAUAAGAAGGAAACAGAUCUUUGGCUGGGCGUAACGGCGCUGGGAUUGAACAUCUACGAGAAGGAGAAUAAACUAGCACCGAAGACCACGUUCACGUGGUCGGAAAUCCGUCACAUUAGCUUCGACGACAAGAAGUUCGUGAUCAAGCCCGUGGAGAAGACGUCGCCGAACUUCGUGUUCUUCUCACAGAAAGUUCGCAUGAACAAACUGGUAAAGAAACAGUCAGAUGUUGGCAGCUGGGUGAAGGGUUUGAUAGCUUUAGGGUUCGACGAGCGUAACAGUGACAAAGUUGCUCACGUAUUAUUUGUUAAGAUCCUGGACCUGUGUAUUGGCAACCACGAUCUGUUUAUGAGGAGACGCAAGCCGGACUCCAUGGAGGUGCAGCAGAUGAAGGCGCAGGCCAAGGAAGAAAAAUCCAGGAGGCAAAUUGAAAGGAAUAAAUUAGCCCGAGAGAAACAAUUAAGAGAGGCAGCCGAGAGGGAAAAGGCUGCAAUGGAACAGCGACUUCUACAGUACCAGGAGGAGAUACGGCUUGCAAACGAAGCUCUUAGAAGAUCCGAAGAGACGGCGGACCUUUUGGCUGAGAAAAGUCGCGUGGCCGAAGAGGAAGCAAUGCUUUUAAGCCAGAAAGCAUCGGAGGCCGAGCAAGAGAUCACGCGUAUACGGCUGAACAACAUGAAGACUGAAGAGGAGAAGGUUCACUUGGAACGGAAGACUAGAGAAGCUGAAUUGUUGACGGAAAGAUUGGUCCAAGAGUCCGAACGCAGGGCUGCCGAAGCGGAAAAAUUGAAGGACGAGCUGUUACGCGCAAGAAUCGCCGAGAAGGAAGCUAAGGAGAAGCUGCUCGAGUUCCUCAGUAGAAACGCCUACGCCGCUACUAUAGCUCCGGUGCCAAACUUAUUCCCAUCGACGCAAGUGCUUCCGUCAGACCUGCAAGCGGAUCUUCAGACUCUGCAACUGGAGGCGGAGCCGCUCUCACCCGAUCUGACAUCGUACGAUCUCAUUGCUGAUGGGGACGUCGACCAGUUGUCACUGGAGAUCGAGAAGGAGAGGGUCGAUUACUGGGAGAAGAGCAAGCACCUGCAGGAACAACUACGGGAACUGCGCUCCGAGAUCGAAGUUAUGAAGGUCGGUGAGAAGCAAUGCGAAUUGGACCAGUUGCACGAGGAGCAAGUCCGACUCGGUGAGAAUAAGUAUAGCACUCUGAAAAAGGUGAAGUCCGGAUCGACUAAGGCUCGAGUCGCCUUCUUCGAGGAGCUGUAAUUUUUAUUGCACAUGGAUUAAUGACACUCGUAAGGCGAUUAGUAACGCAUUCAAUUCAAUUUGAGAAAUUAAAAAGACUAUGUAGACACAAGUGUAUACGUUAUAGAAUACUCAAGAAUACGUUGCGUACAGUACAGUGCAGCACGAUAUAGUACUGCAAUACGAUGUGCAUGUGCAGUACUAAUUGCGUAGGUACGUUGCUAUCUUAGCCUUGCUGCAUCAGAUUUCUUAAUCACAAGCUAAACUUUAAUAGUAUCUUUUGGCAGAGAUUAUUUUAAAAGUUAGUUUUUUUACGCAGGUUUCGUAAUAGGUUUCAUAAUUAAAGAUUAUGAUAACAAAUUUUAUUUGAAACUAUCAAUUUUGUAUGUACAAGAUAUCUGCAUCUGCUGUCCUUGUUACAAUGUUACAAUGAAAAAUGAUUAGAGAAAUUGUCAUGCUAAUGCAAAUGAAAGCGAAAUGCUUGAGGUACGCAACUGUUCACUCGAUUCAAUUGAAAUAUGUGCCUAUGCAUCGAACAAUUUAAUGUGAAUCUACCAUUUUCAUAUUUGAAUAUACAGGGUGUCCCGGGUUUUAACCGACAAACUGCGGGAGCAUAUUCUACUAGU